CACAGUUGAUUUUUACACCCAAGACGUUUGGAAUCAGUUUGUAGCCCUGCCGCCUGAAACUGUCAUAUCACGACUGCUCUGUCAGCAGGGAGAAACUCCUGAACAGGCUUUUCCCGCCAUCAAGAAGCUCAACUCCAUCCAAACAAAAGAAGCUUGCUCGAUCGGCAUCCCACCUACCAGUUUUAACAUUUGCACCCUCCAGGGUAAAACAACCCACAGACAUACAAAUUAGCUGAACAGAACAGAUGCAGAAUGCUACGUGUAAUGAUUGAUGAUGCCUUUAAUUGACUACAAAUAUGAACUGAAAAUUUUGCACCAAAAAUCAUACUACCUCAACACUACGGACCAGCAAUGCAUUAUAACUCGAGAACAGGCCAUCACCAUCAAACAACACAGGAGCAAAACGAAGAAGGUACAUAAGCUACAGGAGAAACUUACCAAACUGAUCCACCACAAAGACAAGGACAACAACAAACUGGAUACAUCGAUAAGAAACCUAUCCAGCAGACAACUCACAGAAACUGAGAAAGCUGUCCUAUUACACAGACUGAACUAUAACCACAAAGAUACGAACAGAACAGACUUGAUAGUCGCCCUGGAAACUACAUUAAAAGACUCUCAGACUCAUGGAUGAAACACAACAAGCCAUCUGACAAAUUAUAAUCCCCACACUAAACCAAAGGAACGAAUGGGCACCCUGAAUACAUCAGAGGGAAAAGCACCAGAAAAACUCAGGAAUGACAAGUACGUUAUAAUCCUACCAGCGGACAAGAGCGAAUGACCAUCAUUAUGAACAGACCGGACUAUGUUGAGACAGUACAGGCAUCUCUGGCAGAUACAAACACUUACCAAUGGGUGGCGAUAGUCCCAACACUGCAGCGAGGUAAUAGGAUCACCUAGACACUGAAACGACCAAAGGAUGCAAGAAGAAAUGGGUGUCUCAGUUUGGGAUGAGUCCCAAAAACUUAAAGAUGUGGCUGCUUACAAGAGAGUUACUCAGGAUCACUCCCUGCCAAACCUUGGAGUGUGCACCGCACUGGAUGACCUGAUACAGGAGAUGUGGGGAAAUAAGCAAAAAGAUGUAUUCCUAAAACCUAGCACAUUUAUGAGUUCAAAGAAAUCCCAUGAGGUUGAGUUGAUGUCUGAAGUCAUUGUAUCUUUUGCCAAGUAUUGCAAUAUUCAACAGGUAAUUGAUAUAGGAUCAGGAAAGGGAUAUUUGAGUUCUUACUUGUCCAUGCAGUAUGGCUUGAAUGUGUAUGGCAUUGAUUCUUCCAGUACCAACACCAGUGGGGCGAAUGAAAGGAAUAGAAAAUUAAAAAGAUAUUGGAAGGUUUAUCAACGUCAAACAAAGCAUCAGAACCAAGACAACUCUGCACCAGAAAACUUGAAAGAAGAGCCAAUGAAUAAGAUGGAGCAUUUUGAGGGAGCCAAGGAACAAAUUAGCCAUGGUGGGGAGCAAGAAAAUAGUCCACAAAGUCAGUCAAGCCACGUACAGACUCCUGUUACUGAUACUUCCUUAGAUUCAGAGACCAGUGAGAAACGUAACAGUGGUGUAUCUGCACAGUUUGUGGGAUCAAUAGACAAUGAAUUUGAUGGCACUGACAAUCUGUUACUGGAAUUUCUGUCAACCGAUGCUGUGGAAAUGAAUUCACUGUCAAGGAAAAAGAAAGAUCUCGAUGAUAAAGAGAAAGAGAGAAGGAAAACAGCAAGUUUGGAAGCUAAAGCAAAGCAAAUCGAAGAGGCAAAUCUCUACUCUCCGUUAACACUGCAUGUUACUUCUACAACUGAACUCCAAGACAUCAUUUCUGACAUAAAGGACUCAAUGCUGGUUGGUCUGCACACUUGUGGUGAUCUUGCCUCGGAUACCUUGCGCAUUUUUGUUACUAAACAGGAACUCAAAGUUGUUUGCAGUGUGGGCUGUUGCUACCAUCUUCUUUCAGAAGAGUUUGAAUUGUCAGGUGACUGCAAAGAAUGCUGUCAUGGACCGUGGGGAUUUCCUAUGAGCCAGUACUUGAGAAGCAGUAUCUGGCGUUGUGGACGGAAUGCUAGAAUGUCUGCUUGUCUGCCAUUGGAAAGAGUGACAUUUGGACAAGGGCUUCCUUCCAAAUCCUUAUUUUAUCGUGCAGUUCUGCAAGUUAUUAUCAAAGAACACUUUGAAAGCGGAAAGGCAUAUACCACACUGCAAAGAACGAAAAACAAAAAUGUUGGCAAGAUCUAUUCUAAGUCUUCCUCCUUUGUGGAUUACAUCAGAAAAUCAGUAGAAAAGCUUGGAAUGGAUGACUCAAAGAUGUCAGACAGUUUAAUACAAGGUUAUUAUGACAGAUACAUGCCCCGAAUGAAAGAGUUGGAAGCGUUUAACCUGCUGAAGGUAGCCUUAUCCCCUUGUAUAGAGGGUUUGAUUCUUUUGGACCGGCUUUGCUACCUCAAAGAACAGGAAAAUGUAGCAUGGUCAGCUUUAGUACAGCUGUUCGACCCCCUGAAGUCCCCGAGAUGUUAUGCGGUAAUUGGCGUGAAGAAGUCACACUGCUCCAAGUCCACAUACCAUAAUUUUGAUAACAAGUUUUGAUUUCAAGUUUUUUACUUUAUCCAUUACUGUACAAUCUAAAUUUAUGAUUUUAGGAAGUGUGAGGUUUCCAGUUUUACGUUACAUUUUUAUGCCAUUAAAUACAAUUUUUGCACACAUAAGAUAUUGAAUAAAUGAAGAAUUUGAGAGGAGAAGUCAUUAUUGUAUUUUACAUUUUCUGACAACACUAGUUCAAGUGAAAGAAUAUAAUCUUUUUAAAAAAGGGCACUCAACUUUUCCCAAGAUGAAAAAUAAAGAUUUUAGUUUUGAAACA